GUUUUUAUUAAAUUUAUUCAAAAUAUUGAUCCGUACAACCUCGUCCACUAUUCAUCGCUAUUCAUUAUAUAAUGGCGAUGAAGUGACAUUAUUUUUUGUGCAUCAUGUCCAAUGCCCCGUUUACACGAGCCCGGGUUGACAGCCAGCCCGGGUUGGUGUACCAACCAGGGUCUACCCGUCCACUAAUAAGUUCCUAUUAACGUUUACACGAUAGUCGGGUCAAUUACUUUGUGAAAUGUUCUUACCAUAGUACUACUGAUACAUUUUAUGUGAAGGAAUCGAAGAUCAUGUGGCGGAUUUUUUUCGUUCACUAUUGACAAAAUCUCAUUGUAAUUCCCUUUCUUGUGUAAAGUGCAUAUAUUGCAAUUCGCGCUUUUAUUGUGGUCAGUGCAAACUUUGGAUUUGAACGUGUUGUACUGUGACUAUAUUCUCAUAACCGCAGCGAUAAUGAAAAGUUGAGGACCACCUGUUUGGGAGCGAAAACUACCGGUUGGGUCAAUGAAGCCUUAAAACCUUCGAGUCGUUUAGUAUUUUUAUAGCGAUAUAAUUUCAGUUAUAAUGUUUCAAUUGUUUAAACAUCGGAAAAAACACUUUGGCCUUGGGAAGUAUACUGUGUUUAUACUUUUGUGGUUAUUCUACGCUGCAUUUGGUGAGAAGGAGAAAUUUAGUUUUAGUAAAUAUGAACCGAGAUUAGACGAUCUUUUUAAGAAUUUUACAAAACUACAAAAGAAAGGUAGCCAAAAGGAAGGAUAUUUUACAAACACAUGGGCCGUUGAGUUGCACGAACCGGCCGUUGAACGAGAUGUUGAAAGGAUUGCCAGAAAACACGGAUUUAAAGUUUUAGAUAAGAUUGGUAGUUUAAAGAAUCAUUUUCAUUUACAACACGAUGACGUCAAAGAACUUCAUCACGAGCAUGCUCAGAAAAAGACGGAUCUAUUGAUGCUGGAAAAAGAGGUAAAAGAAGCCACGCAACAGAAAUAUGUACACCGAUUAAAACGGGACGGCAUUCCAACAGAUCCAAAAUUUGUUGAAAUGUGGUACUUGUUUAAUUCAGGACAAACAGGGGGUCCCGUUGGUGUGGAUACGAACGUUGUACCGGUGUGGAGGAGUGGUAUUACUGGAAAAGGUGUUGUGAUCUCUGUUCUUGAUGACGGUCUUGAUCACACUCAUCCUGACAUUUUACCAAACUAUUUUCCCGAGGCUAGUUAUGAUUUUAACGACCACGAUACCGAUCCGUUUCCUCGAGAUGAAGAUCCAGAUAACUGUCACGGUACAAGGUGUGCUGGAGAAAUAGUUGCCGUUGCCAAUAACAGCAAUUGUGGCGUUGGAGUCGCUUACAAUGCGAAAGUUGGAGGCGUGAGGAUGCUUGAUGGGAAGGCAACGGAUGCACUUGAGGCAAGUGGACUGAGCUUUAAUCGUAACCUGAUUGACGUUUAUGUCAACUGUUGGGGGCCAAAGGAUGAUGGGAAGACUUUCGGGAAACCUGGACCUUUGGCUGCGAAAGCUUUGAAAGAAGGAGCCAUCUUUGGUCGCAAAGGAAAAGGAAACAUUUACGUGUGGGCAACUGGAAAUGGUGGUUUAACUGACGAUGAUUGCAACUGUGAUGGAUACACCACAAGUGUGUACACAAUAUCCAUUGGUUGCAUUAGUGAUCAUGGUCUAUCAACAUACUACACAGAGCUUUGUGCUUCCACUUUGGCUGUAACUUUUAAUGGAGGCGCGCAUAGAGAACGGGAAGAAAACAAAAUGAUUACUACAGAUUUAUUCCACAAAUGCACGGAGGAGUUCAAAGGCACUUCUUCCGCUGCUCCCAUUGCCGCGGGAAUAUUCUCUCUCGUCUUGGAGGCAAAUCCCGAGUUAACCUGGAGAGAUAUGCAGCACGUGAUUGUCGACACUGCGCAGAUGACAAGUCCCGUGGACGAAGGCUGGAUGAAGAAUGGAGAUGGAAGACAUUUCAACCAUAAAUUCGGUUUUGGAAGAAUGGACGCUUCCAAAAUGGUGGAACGUGUUAAAACGUGGGUUAAUGUUAGCCCACAGAAAGUGUGUACUGGUCAGUUAUUUGAUAAUCAAAGAGAUAUUCCAUCGACGGGCAGCAUGGAUUUCCAAUUUUCCACGGAUGCGUGCGCAGGCGGUGAAAACCAGGUGGAUAAGUUAGAACAUGUCGUUUUGACUGUUAGUUUUAUACAUCGACGUCGCGGGGAUGUCAGCCUGUUACUCGUCUCUCCGUCGGGGACUAGAAGCGAAUUACUGUCUACCAGACGAUAUGACGAUUCGAAAGAAGGACUUGAUGACUGGAGGUUUAUGACAGUGCACUUUUGGGGUGAAAAUCCCCGAGGAGUGUGGAAAGUCAAAGUAACUGACAGUCCCUUGGAUAAAAACGGUCAGCGGAUAGUGUCCGACUUUGGGACACUUCAUGCAGAUACUAGCAGGCAGGAGCAUGAUGUGGAAGAUCUAGAGAAACAAGUUAUCGAUGAUCAAACAAAACAGCAGCAAAAUCUAGUCGACCAAAUGAAGCAAAGGGACCCACAUAUAGACUUUCCCUAUCCUCCUGGAGUGCGACGUGAUCAUAUAAACACGUCUUCAGUGAAUUCUGACGAUAACUACAACGGCUUUGCUGGCUCUCAGUCUAUAAAACGCGGCGUUGUACCCAGUUUUCUGAAAAGCUAUCGAAAAGGAAAUAUUCGUAAAGUGCAAGUGGAAACAGCAGAAAAGGCAACACAACGUGUGCAGGUGAACGCUGGGUACGAGAACCCUGAAAUUAUUUGUUUAGGCAACCCUACGUGUUCUGGAGUGUUUUUACGGUAUGGUUUGACUUUGUACGGUACUCAAACACGUGAAGGGGUUGAAUUCUAGUUCAGUAAUAGUAUAAUAUGUAUAAAUAGUUCUGAAAGUGCUAAUGAAGCGAAAAAUUGCUAAUUAUGCAGGGUGUCCCUGACUAAAGUGACACUGUAGAAAUCAUCUCAUUGUUCAUAGACCUUUGUUAAACGUGCUUGACUACAUAUAUUGUAUCACCUUUUUCUGGGACACCGUGUAGUUUUAUCGAACAAAUUUUAACAUGACUUUAAGGACUUACGUAAAUAGUUUACGAGAAUAUGAAUGAAUAGUUGUAUUUACUGACGUGUUAUUUCAGCCUGACAGAGGCCCAUUCGUUUUGAAGUGUUAAUGGUGUUAAAUUCCGUCGAAAUAUUUCAUACGAAAGCUGCCAGGAAAGUUAGGGAUAUUUGAGAUUUUGCGGCGCCGUUGUACAAAGCGACGUCACUGUUGUAAAUCGGACGAUGUCGUGAGCAUAAAAAGAACCACCGUAAACUGUUUUAUAGAAAGUCUACUGUCAUUUUAUGAGCUCUGUUCGAUAACUUUAUAAUUUAAAUAGCGAAAUUUUCGAUGAAUCGUAUCAGUAAACGAAGAAUUCAAUUCAUUAGUACGAUUAUUCUAUAAGUGAAACGACGAACUGAUUAAAAAAUCAAUUUUAUUUUUCAUUGUACCUUUUAAGGACUCCAAUAUAUUGAGCUUGGGAAAUUGUCUUUGUAUAUGAUAAACAAUAGCUUGUUAAAUUUUUUCUUCUGAAAUAUGAUUAAAAGUUUUGUAUAUGCUUUC